AUGUCCGGCUCCGGCAGGAAAGACUUCGACGUGAAGCACAUCCUGCGCCUCCGCUGGAAACUGUUCAGCCACCCCUCGCCGGCGGGCGGCCCGGCGGGGGGAGGCUGCCUGCCGCCCGACAGCAGCUUCGAGCACUGGGGACCGAGCCAGAGCCGCCUGCUGAAGAGCCAGGAGAGAGGCAACGGCGUCUUCUGGAAGAAAUCCGCCUCCUCCGCCUCCUCCUCGGCGGCCACCACGGCCAGCCCGCCCAACGGGACGCUGCUGCCCGCCGGCGGCCGGCCGGCCGCGGGGCACGGCCCGGGACCGCCGCCGCCCCGCACCGUCUUCUACGUGGAGUCCCUGGAGGAGGAGGAGGAGGAGGCGGUUCCCGGCGGGAUGGAGGUGGCCCGCGAGCCCGAGAAGCCCCUGGCGCCGCCGGAGCGGGGGGAGGCGCCGGGGGGCUGCGCCGAUGGAGGCAGCCGGGCAACAGGUGACGGAGGCGGGCACAGGUAG